CUUCGUUUACUCAAUGACCGCAAGGUUGGAGAACGCGAAGACGUGUACCAUGGGCUCGGAUUCGUAGGCAUGCUAUCGCCGCUUCCUGGCUGAAGUGCUAUUGGUUUAUGGGUGGGCACCCACUGACAUCACCGUUGUUCUCGUCUACACGUUAGUCACGAUGAAUUACUCUUCUCUAUCACUCGUCUACUCAGCCUCUGGCCACCACCAUGUCUCUCGAGAACAAGUCUAUACCUUACGUACGCCUGGGAAAGUCCGGUCUGAAAGUAUCGAAGAUCAUCCUGGGAUGCAUGUCGUACGGCAGCAAGGGCUGGAGCGAGUGGGUCAUCGACGACCAGGAAGAAGUCACUAAGCACAUCAAAUACGCAUAUGAUCACGGCAUCCAGACAUUCGAUACAGCAAAUGUGUACUCGAACGGUCUCUCCGAGGUCAUGCUAGGCAAGGCUAUCAGGGAACUCAAGCUUCCCCGCGAGGAGCUCGUCAUCCUCACGAAGGUUUACUUUCCGCUAGCACCGAAGUAUGACAUGAACAUCUUCGGCAAGAACACCGAGGACUAUGGUGUAAUAAAUCAGAAGGGCCUCAAUCGUAAGCAUAUCUUCGACUCUGUGAGGAAGAGCCUCGAACGCCUGCAAGCCGACUACAUUGAUGUCCUCCAGUGCCAUCGGUUCGACUACGACACGCCGAUCGAAGAGACGAUGCAAGCCCUUCAUGACGUCGUGCAAGCUGGCUAUGUGCGAUAUAUCGGCAUGAGCUCGUGCCAUGCCUAUCAGUUCCACGCGAUGCAGAACUACGCCAUACAGAACAAGCUCACACCAUUUGUUUCCAUGCAGAACCACCACAGCCUCGUCUACCGCGAGGAAGAACGCGAGAUGUUUCCUACACUCAAGAUGUUCGACGUCGGCGCGAUCCCGUGGUCGCCCCUUGGCCGCGGCAUCCUCACUCGCCCGUUCUCCGCGCAGACGAAGCGCGGAGAGACUGACACCUUCACAGGAGCGUACAAGACGUGGGCGGGCACCAGUGACAUCGUCACUCGGGUGGAGGAGCUCGCGGGCAAGAAGGGGGUGAGCAUGGCCCAGGUUGCGAUCGCGUGGAGCUUGGCGAAGGAUGGUGUGACAGCGCCGAUCGUCGGCACGACGAGCCUGAAGAACCUCGAGGACAUUAUCGGCGCGAUUAGCGUGGAGUUGACUCCGGAUGAGAUCAAGUAUCUCGAGGAGCCGUACAAGCCGUUGGCAGUGUACGGACAUGCCUGAAGGAUGGACAAUCAAAUUGAAACUUGACGACGGGUAGGCGUUGUACGUGAUGUAUGUGACUGAUAACAACAAUGGUAACAGGUGACAUUGAAAGUAAAUCGCAGGCACUCCCACAGCUGUGCAGCAUCUAGUUGCGCGUUGACUGUCCUCG